CCGCUCUCCAGUAUCUGUUCUUUCUCUGUGAGAUAAGAGAGAGAUACUUCUCCUUCUUAGGGACUGGGUGAACUAGUCCUCAACACAUAUAUUGAACCAAAAAAAAAGGGGAGUACACCACAUUAUAAUUUCGAGAAGUGAGAACUUUGAGCUUGACCUUGGACUGCAUGCAAGGAAUUAGCUGCAAUCUCUUGCGAGAGUAUUCAUGAUGGCGCCAGUUGUGUUUUGCAUGCUCGCCAUCCUCGUCAUCUAUGUGGUGUUUGCACCCCUCUACGCAUAUAUACAUACAUACCUCCCGACAUACAUACCAUAUUUUAUAUACGCUCAUACGGAGACUCAUACUGCCAUUCAUACGAUCUACAAAAAUGGGUUUCAUUGCGGUCAUUAGCUGGAUUGGAAGGAGGAUAUCGUUGACGUGCUUGAAUUUUGUUGGGCCUGUUGCUUUUGAGAUACCUCAUGUGCGUGUG